AAGUGUCCAAACACAGAGAAAAACUCCUGCUGAAGCGACUGAUCUCCACACUGUUAUAAAGAUGGCGUUUAUUAAAGAGGAGAGUGAAGAUGUGAAGAUUGAAGAAACAUUCAGAGUCAAACAGGAAGAUCUUCAGGAACAAACAGACUUGAUGGUGCUAAAAGAAGAGACUCAUCAACAGAAUGAAAUAGAGGAGAAACAGCAGUUUGAGAAACCCCAAGAAAUAACGACUGAUGAAAAACCUACACUGACUAAGAAGACUUCAUCACACGGAAGACCUCAGAAAUCCAAAUCUGGGUGUAAUUUUAGCUGUAAACAGUGUAGAAAGAGUUUCAGUCAAAAGUCGAACCUUGAUGUUCACAUGAAAGUUCAUACUAUGGAGAAACCUUACACCUGCGAACAGUGUGGAAAGAGUUUUGGUCAAAAACAAAGCUUUAAAGCCCACAUGAGAAUUCACACUGGAGAGAGGCCGUACACAUGCCAACAGUGUGGAAAAAGCUUCUAUCAUGCAGGAAACUUGUCAGUGCACAUGAGAAUUCAUACUGGAGAAAAGCCUUACUCUUGCCCUCAGUGUGGAAAGAGUUUUAAGCAAAAUAGCAACUUUAAAGUCCACAUGAGAGUUCACACUAGGGAGAAACCUUACACCUGCGAACAGUGUGGAAAGAGUUUUAGUCAAAAACAAAGCUUUAAAACCCACAUGAGAAUUCACACUGGAGAGAGGCCGUACACAUGCCAACAGUGUGGAAAAAGCUUCUAUAAUGCAGGAAACUUUGCAAUGCACAUGAGAAUUCACACUGGGGAGAGGAAGUACACAUGCCAACAGUGUGGAAAACACUUUUAUAAUCCAAGAAGCCUUGCACUGCACAUGAGAAUUCACACUGGAGAGAAGCCUUUCAGCUGUAAACAGUGUAGAAAGAGUUUCAAACAAAAGGCAAACCUUGAUGUUCACAUGAGAGUUCACACUAGGGAGAAACCUUACACCUGCGAACAAUGUGGAAAGAGUUUUGGUAAAAAACAAGACCUUGAGAUCCACAUGAGGAUUCACACUGGAGAGAAACCUUACACAUGCACAGAGUGUGGUAAAAGUUUCACAUAUAAAAGCGCACUCAAACACCACAUGAUAAGUCACACCGGAGAGAAGCUUGCAUGUGCUCAGUGUGGAAAGAGCUUCACAACCAAAGCUAGCCUCAUUGUGAAUGGUCACAAUGGAACCAUAGUGUUCACAUGUGAUCUGUGUGGAAAGAGUCUCACACGCAAAGACUACAUUAGGCAACACAUGAAGACUCACUCAGGAGAGGGUUUUAGAUGUAGUGAGUGUGGAAAGGACUUUAACCGUAAAAGAAGCCUCAGCACUCACAUGAAGAUUCACAAUGGAGAGCAGAGUCCUCAAAAAUGAGUCCUUGUCCACACAAACACAGGUAUAUUC